AGGCGCCAGGUUCCGUGGUUCGCGAAACCGCGGUAGUUUGCGAACCCGCGCGGGGUCGCCGCUUCCGCCGGAGCAGCUCUACACUGGUGGCGGCGGAACACCUCAUUGAGGCUUCUGUGCUGAAAUGGAAGUCACACGACCGUCGGGUGGUGGCUGUGGUGCUUUUGGCCAUGACUCUGCUGGCGCUCCUUCUGGGCUUGAUGGCCUUCCUACUGGGCCGAGCAGGCGUUGAGGAUGGAGUCAGCAAGGCCUUCCGUGGUCCCGAAGACGGCCUGAGGAAAACCACCCAUGCAGCUCAAGCGGUGGGUCAUCUCAUCGUCAAAUCUGUGAGGACGCUGGUGGGUAGACCUGCCAAGCUACUCCUGGCUCUGGUGCUGCAGUGCGGCAAAGCGCUGGCAUCUGUGGGGCACGUUGUGGUCCUACCGGCGUGGCCCAUCAUCAAAACAUUGAAGCUCAUCGCUUCCGUCGUGGCCAAAGGUGUCACAGGAGCUGUCUCCUGGUUGGCGGCUGCUGCCAAUGCCGCUGCUGCGGCGGCGCAAGCGGCGCAAGCGGCGCAAGCGGCGCAAGCGGCGCAAGGGGCGCAGGGACAGGUAGAGCCUGAUGUGCAAAAGGAUGUGUCCGAAACUGAGAGGUCUCGGGACAAGCGAGGGAAUGGCUUCAGGCCGGCUAUGUCCAUCAGGGUGGACCUAUGA